AUGUUAUUUCAGGUGUCAUUCCCGAUUCAAUUUAUUGUUACUGUUAUUGGAAACAGUUUGACACUCUCUGUUCUCCUCAGCCCACAUAUGAGAAAUCGUGCAAAUCAUCUACUGGCUGCAUUAGCGUUCUCUGAUAUGUCAGUAUUUUUCUUUAUGCUACCGACAAGCUUUGCUGCAUUUCCGACAUUUUAUACGAAUAAUUCAUUUCGAAUUUUUUUCGCAACAGUUAAAAUUCACUUGGCUGCAGCUGCUAAUUGGUUUUCAUGCGCUGCUAUCUGGAUAGUGUUAGCUGUUUCAAUUGAACGCCUUCUCAUAAUAAAAUUCCCAUUUCGAUCGCUUAAACCCUACCGAUGCUUACCAAAGUCAUCGAAUUGGACGUUAAUGGGCACAAUAAAUCAGCCAACAAGCACAUUAAUUUCAUAUGUUAAUGGAAGUACAAUAGCUAAUGCACUUCUCGGAGUUAUUAUUCCAAUUUUCAUUGUUUCAUUUUUUAAUAUUUCCUUAAUUAGAUUGCUGCGAAUGAGAAACACUGAGGAGUUAACAAAAAUUUCGUCCAAUUCCGCAACGUAUGGAGGAAAUGUUCAUGAAAAAGAGAGGAAAUUAACGAUCACUGCAGUUGCUAUAAUUUCUUGUUUUUCAAUUACCCAAAUGCCAUCAGCUUUAUUAUUUUUAUAUGAAAGGCUUGUUAGUGAUGCAAAAACUAAAAUAUUCGCGGAUAUUUCAUCGAUAACGAAUUGCCUUGUAUUGACAGGGAAAAUGCUAAAUGUUGUUUUAUUUUGUUUAACAAGUGCCACUUUCAGGUAUUUUUUUAACUUUUACAUAAUCAGCUAA